AUGGCUGACAAUUUGAUACUAUCUCCUGAUUUUCUUGUUAUUGGGGGAGGUGUAGCUGGGGUAAGCUGCUGUCAGCACCUUGCAGAGUGCAACCCAAACUUUGCCAUAACUUUAGUUGCCCCUAAGGAUGUGAUUAAAGUCGUUACUUCACAUAACAAGAUCGCACGAGCGCUCGAAGAAGUUCACGUCGAAGAACGGCCUACGUUUUCAAUAACAGAGAAUUAUCCCAGUAUCAAAGUUUUGAAUGACUCUGUUGUGGAUAUUUACUACAAAGACAAGAAAGUUAAGACUUCAAAAGGACAUUUACUUAAGUACAGAAAGUUGUGUGUAUGCACUGGUGCAAAACCAAAUUUAAUCAACUUUCACAAUCAGAAUAUAAUUGGAAUUAGAGAUGUGGACAGUGUUACUGUGCUACAAAAACAGCUCAAAAAUGCAGAUAGGAUCCUUGUUGUUGGAAAUGGUGGAAUCGCACUGGAACUAAUCUACGAGUUAGUUGGUUGUGAAGUGGUCUGGGCAAUUAAAGACAAUGCAAUUGGGAAUGUGUUUUUAGACAAGGCAGCUGCAGAAUUUCUGUUACCAAAUCUGAAUGCUGAUCUAGAUGACAGUAAUCACCAGAGAAAAGCUGAUACAAUUAUAUUUAAAAGGAAAAAAUUUGCAGCUGAAAGGGAUAAUAGUGGCACAGAAGAGUCUAGCAAGAUUAAACAAGUGGUCGGAGGUGCUCUGGGACCAGACUGGAGCUUGAAUGUAAACUUAAAAGGAAAAGAUAUUUUGGUGUCAAAACGAAGCGUCCACAUAGAGUAUUGCUGUGAAGUGAAAAACGUUUUGAAUGCAGAGGAAUUUAAAAAAUUGGAUAUUGAAUGUAGCAAACUUGAUGAUGUUUUAUGUACAAAGAUAGAAUGGCCCCAAUAUGUUGUGCUUACAAAUGGUAAAACCUUUGGAACUGAUUUAAUCGUUUCAGCUACUGGUGUGUCUCCAAAUAUCGACCUUAAUAUCAUUGAUGGGGAAAUAGGCCUGUCCCAAGAUGGAGGCAUCUGUGUUGAUGACAAUAUGAGAACUAAUCUCCCAGGUGUUUAUGCAGCUGGAGACGUUUGCAGUGCAUCCUGGGUAACGUCACCACAUUGGUUUCAAAUGCGUUUAUGGACGCAAGCCUAUCAAAUGGGAGUAUAUGCUGCACAAUGUAUGAUGCAGAAUUUGAAGGGCGAAGAGGCAACUCUAGACUUCUGUUUUGAGCUGUUUGCUCACGUGACCUCAUUUUUAGGAUACAAGCUUUGUCUCCUGGGAACUUACAACGCACAAGGACUCGGUAGUGACUAUGAACUGCUAGUGCGGUAUACCCCGGGGGUUGAGUAUGUUAAAGUUGUCUUGCAGAAUGGCAAAAUGAUGGGGGCACUGUUGCUAGGUGAAACUGAUCUGGAAGAAACUUUUGAAAAUUUGAUUUUAAAUGGAAUGGAUUUAAGUAGGUUUGGAGAUGAUCUUUUGGACCCAAAUAUAGAAAUCGAUGAGUUUUUUGACUAA